UUGACAAUUUGCUUUGUAAUCAUGGCGUCUGAGCGAUACAGUUUCUCUCUUACUACUUUUAGUCCUUCAGGUAAAUUAGUGCAAAUCGAAUAUGCUUUAGCAGCAGUAGCAGCCGGAGGCACAUCAGUAGGCAUAAAAGCUUCCAAUGGAGUGGUUAUUGCAACUGAAAAUAAGCACAAGAGUAUUUUGUACGAUGAACACAGUGUCCAUAAAGUGGAGAUGAUAACUGGACACAUUGGUAUGGUGUACUCUGGUAUGGGUCCAGACUAUCGUCUCCUCGUGACCCAGGCGAGGAAGAUGGCGCAGCAGUAUUUCCUGAUGUACCAGGAGCCGAUCCCGACUGCCCAGCUUGUGCAAAGAGUGGCAACUGUCAUGCAGGAGUACACACAGUCUGGUGGCGUGCGUCCAUUUGGAGUGUCCCUUCUCAUCUGUGGAUGGGAUGGAGGGCGGCCCUACCUGUUCCAGUGUGAUCCCUCUGGAGCAUACUUUGCCUGGAAAGCCACGGCUAUGGGCAAGAACUUUAACAACGGAAAAACAUUUUUGGAGAAGAGAUACACAGAGGAAUUGGAGUUGGAUGAUGCGGUUCACACCGCUAUCCUGACCUUGAAGGAGGGUUUCGAAGGUCAGAUGACUGCAGACAAUAUCGAGGUGGGAAUCUGUGAUGCCAACGGCUUCCGGAGACUGGACCCCGCUCAUGUUAAAGACUACCUAGCUAAUAUCCCUUAAAUGUAUUAAAUUUGCAUUUCUUUGUAAAA